GUUCCCACGCCCCCACCUCCCACCCCACAACCCCGGGGGGGGACCCCAAGGGGCUUCCCCCCCGGGCUCCCCCGGCCGGAGCAGUGCACCCCGAGCCUUGCCCUCUCUCCCACUCCCACUCCCGUCGUCCCCCCCCCAAUUUGGGUACAUUUUGCAAAAGCUUUUGGUUCCUUAUCCGGGGACUGGGCUGGCGGGUGUGAUUGGCCGGGGGAGUCACAUGGUGAAAGUAACUUUACGGGGUCGCCAGCUAGUAGGAGGGCUUUAUGGAGCAGAAAAACGACAAAGCGAGAAAAAUUAUUUUCCACUCCAGAAAUUAAUGAUCAUGAGCUCUUAUUUGAUGGACUCUAACUACAUCGAUCCGAAAUUUCCUCCAUGCGAGGAAUAUUCGCAAAAUAAUUACAUCCCAGACCACAGUCCGGAAUAUUAUAGCCGGACAAGGGAGUCCAGCUACCAGCAUCACCACCAGGAGCUGUACCCCGUGCCACGACCCUCCUUCCCCGACCGCCAGUUCAGCUGCGGUAGUAUCCAAGCUCCCGGCAACCCGGCCGCGCACCAAAGGGGACACGGGCAAACUCCAGGAGGCCAACACCUCUCAGAGAAAGCACAGCAGCUCUGCGAGCAGGCUGCUCUUUCCACCUCCUCCACCACUCCUUCCCCAGCCCCUCCAGCCUGCAACCAGCCAAACCCCGACCAUCCUAACAGCACAGCUUCCAAACAACCCAUAGUCUAUCCCUGGAUGAAAAAAAUCCACGUCAGUACUGUGAAUCCCAAUUACAAUGGAGGCGAGCCCAAGCGCUCCCGGACAGCCUACACGAGGCAGCAGGUUUUGGAGCUGGAGAAGGAGUUUCACUAUAACAGGUACCUGACCCGGCGGCGGCGCAUCGAGAUCGCCCACUCCCUCUGCCUCUCCGAGCGGCAGAUCAAAAUCUGGUUUCAGAACCGGAGGAUGAAAUGGAAAAAAGACCACAGGCUGCCCAACACCAAAGUGCGGGCGGCGGCCACCGCGGCGCCCCCCCCCGCCGCCCCGGCGAGCACGGCCGGGGGCGAGGAGCUGCCCCCCGCCGCCGCGCAGGACCCGCGCCCGGAGGAUAUCACCAGGUUAUAAACACCCCCACCCGCCCACAAAUGACUCUGGAUUAUUUAUAGAAGCUAAUAUAUAUAUAUAUAUAUUUUGGU